AAACAACCCCAGACUCUCUCCUCUCUUCCCACUUGAUUCUUUCUUUCUUCUUCCCGCAGCAGCUCAAUCCAUACAACCCCAGAUUUGUUUCUUUAUUCUUCUCUUCAAAAUCAAUGGGUUUUGGUGGCUUUGUGAACGAAAUGAUCAUUGAUACUACGGUGGACGAUUUUUGGGCUGAAAUUGGUGGAGAACCGGCGGUGGCUGAGGUUGAGGGUGAACUGGCGGCGGCGGCUGAAGUUGACGGAGAACCGGCGGCAGUGGCUGAACUUGAUGGAGAACCGGCGAUUCCUGCCAUGGAUGACGUCCCCAAGCUUGAUGGAGAAAUUCAGUAAAAUAAGAGUGACGAUGGUUCAAUAAAAGCUCCAGAUGUUGGUAUGGAAUUUGAUAGCAAAGAAGCGGUGUAUAAUUUUUACAAGACAUAUGGGAAGCGUUUAGGAUUUUCCGUAAGAACUCGGAGCGCCACCAAACAUAAAAAUGGCAAUCUAACACAAAAACCACAAAAAAGGAUCAUUGGAGAAGGGGAAGUACACCACAACCGAUCUCUCAACAUGGCAAUGGACAGGGGGGACGUAAUGACAUGAUGAAUUGUAGUGAUUUAGAUUUUUUUUAGUGGUUUAAAUUUAAAUCUUAGUUUGAUGUAAAUGUGCAUGGCAGUUUUUAAAAUGAUUUUUUCCUCAAAGUCUUUUAUUCAAACUAUACAAAAGCAGAUACAUAGCACAAACAUAUAC